GCCGAGGAAUGAAACGCACCCUUGGCCGCUUGGACUAGGGCGGUGCUAGUGGUGGCCAAGCAGCAGGGCCUUGCCUUUGUACUCGUAUACAGAGAAGAUGGCUCCCGUUUUGGAGAAGCAACUGCCGGGCGUAGCCGGGGCAGGCGACAACAACAACGAGGAGGAAGAAGGACUCGACCUUUGGACCUCAAUACUGAGUGAUGUGUCGACCCAGUCAAGUUCAAAAUUGCCAUCAGGAAAAAACAUUCUGGUAUUUGGGGAGGAUGGAUCAGGAAAAACGACACUCAUGUCCAAGCUGCAAGGGGCUGAACACAACAAGAAAGGAAGAGGACUGGAAUAUCAAUACUUAAAUGUCCACGAUGAAGACCGGGAUGACCUUACACAGUGUAACGUGUGGAUCCUGGACGGAGACCUGUACCACAAAGGCCUUCUCAAGUUUGCAGUUUCAGCUCAAUCGCUGUGUGAUUGCCUCGCCAUGUUCGUUGCGGAUAUGUCGCGGCCCUGGACCAUCAUGGAGUCACUGCAGAAGUGGGCCAGCGUGCUGCGUGACCAUGUGGACAAACUGAAGAUCCCUCCAGAGGACAUGAGAGAAAUGGAGCUCAAGAUGGUGAAAGCGUUCCAGGAGUAUGCCGAACCGGAGGAUGCCACCCCUGCCUCCCCACAGAGACGGGCCCUGGCGGCAGGCGAAGACGAUACUGUUGUGUUACCGCUGGGGGACAACACACUCACGCACAACCUCGGCAUUCCAGUGCUAAUCGUUUGCACAAAGUGCGACUCAGUCGGCGUAUUGGAGAAGGAGCACGACUACAGAGAAGAGCACUUUGAUUUCAUCCAGUCCCACAUUCGGCGAUUUUGCUUACAAUAUGGAGCUGGUCUCAUCUACACCUCAGCCAAAGAGGAAAAAAACCUCGAUCUGCUUUACAAGUAUAUUGUACAUAAAUUGUAUGACUUUCACUUUAGCAAUCCUGCCCUCGUCGUGGAGAAGGAUGCCGUGUUCAUUCCAUCGGGGUGGGAUAAUGACAAGAAAAUCUGCAUUCUGCAUGAAAACUUGACAUCAGUCAGACCUGAAGAUCCAUUUGAAGAUUUUAUCACGAAACCCCCCGUUCGAAAGCUGGUGCAUGACAAAGAGAUAAAUGCGGAGGAUGAGCAGGUAUUCCUGAUGAAACAACAGUCUUUAUUAGCAAAGCAACCAGCCACACCGACAAGAGGAGCUACCGAAUCUCCAGGACGGACGGCGUCAGGUUCUCCGAGACCUGCGGGACGCGCCGGCCAGCCCACUUUGGGCAGUGGUUCCCCGAUGUCUGCCGUCAAAAAGCCUGAUGCCAAUAUGAAAGCGGGAGCUGCCACUGAGGGCGUAUUGGCCAACUUCUUCAACAGCCUGUUGAGUAAAAAGACGGGAUCCCCGGGAAGCCCCGGAAGUGGCGCUGUUGGAGCCGGCGUGCAAGGCUCUGCCAAAAAAACAGGGCAGAAGCCGGGUUUGACUGACGUCCAGGCCGAGUUGGACCGAAUGAGCCGCAAACAGGACCCCCUGGUUUCAUCCACCAACAUACCGCCGCAGACUGAGAACGAAGCGUGAAGCCCACAAAAAGAAGAGAAAAAAAAAGAGAGCUACAUUGUUCACCGCGUAAAUAAUGGAAAUUCAAGUACAGUAUACAUGUGAGCAUAAACGAUUGACCAAAUCCCCAAUGUCUUUGUCAGAACGCAGGGCAGGUUCCACCAAAACCUAUUUGGGACACUGUAAGAUGUUUUGGCGAGAGAGAGAGAGAAUGAGAGAGGGAGAGAAAGAGAGAAAUGGUUAAAAAGAUCCUAAUAAGAUGCUUGUGCGGAAGUCUUAGUCCUCUCCACUUUCAGUGUUAUCCACCAAGGUUGUCUGUAGAGAAGUCUUGAAAUGUGCGCACCCACGUCGGCGCAAGCCCCGGGACACUGGGUUGCUGGCCUCCCAGUCGCUCAGAUAUUUAAAAAGGAAAAGGAAAGGAAAAAAAACACUCCUGAGUGGAAACACACUGGCCCUCUGCUCAGCUUGUCUCAUCGAAAGAAUUGGCUUGAAAUUGAAACAUUAUUUAAACUCUCGGUUGCAUUUGUCUUGGAGCUGAAUUCAGAUGUUUGCGAACAAAACGUUGGGCUUACGCCAAUGUAUUUAUUCAAAGUUCCUUUUUUUUCUGUGUGUGUGUGUGUGUGUGUGCGCGCGCGCACCGUUUUAGGAAACAAUCUAAACACAACGCGCUCCAAUGCCAUUGACAGCAUGAAAGAAACGGGACAAAGUCUAGACAGCUGAUCGCAUCAUCUCGAAGGAUUCUGUAAAUAAGUGCCAGGAAAAGUCUCUUCAGGUUUUGUUUUGUGUAUAUACAAUUCUUUUUCCAAGUCCCGCCCCCUGCCUCUUGACUUAACUAAAGCCGGCAUUUGACAAGGCUUUGAGGCUCCGCCGGAAUAUUUCCUUUCGCUACAGGUGUGUAUAUUUGGGGAAAGGGGGGGUUGGGCAGCAUCUUUCCUACGAUUACUCCCAAAAGUGCCUGGCACACGAGGCCGCUCCUGCUACAGUCGAGUCGCUUUUCCACAGGAGAGCAAAUGCACUUGUAGCACCGUCGGUUGAAAGGUUUCAGUCCAUUUCGUGUCAUCCAAAUAAUUUAUUGACCUUUUUGUUCAUGUACCUCAAGCCUGUGGUUGCUGGUAUUUUAUUUGUUUGGGUUUUUUUUAGGGGAGGAGGGGAGAGAACCCCUUUUGUGGCCUCAUCUCAAAAUAAAAGAUCGCACACCUUUGUUGAAAUUGAAAGAUUGAACUUUCAUGUACGCCCAAAACCACAAGUUAGUUGCUUUCCAUGUUGUGUUUGUAUCACCCCCCUGUAAAAACAUUCCGUUUCCACAUCAGGAUGAGAGGAAUCACCUUCGCUAUUGGAAACUGGUUCCUCCUUGUCAGACCUUUUUUGUUUGGUGACCUCUCCAGGGCCCUAAAAUGACCUUUGCCCUCAAAACGACACCCUACCUUCAUAGCACUCUCUUGCUAAUGUGUUGUACUUUAUCAAACACUCUAACGUUUCUUGGUUCAAUUACCCCCCCCCCCCCCCGCCCCCACGGCCUGCCACAGUCGCUUUCACACAAGAUGUGGUAAAUGCAUAGGAGGUGGCUGCUGCUUUAGAAAAGACGAGCAGAGAAAGUGCCGAGGCGCAAUGGAUCCCAUUGUUCUCUAAUUUACGCCGAGUUGGAUUUGGAGUCGCCCGUACAUCUUUCUCUCCCUUUCCACAAACUAUUGAAAAUGCGAGGAACCUUGCUUUAAAUCACUCGGGCUUCAAGAAGACCACCAUCUUUGAUACGAACUGCACACUGAUUCCUCUCGAUCCAAAAUGAGGGCUGUUUUUUUGGUUGUUUGUGAGCGGCUGGCGUACGCAGUAGAUGAAGCACACCUCCGCGACCACCACAGGAACCGAACGUGUUGAAAGAAGCACUUUUCCAUUUGCAACAGUUAAAAACACAGAAUGCAUCGUAUCUGCCUUGCCUUUUUGCGCUCGUUAACUGCUGAGCCGACACCAUAAAAUAGCGUAUUUCUCUGCAUUUGCUGCUUCUGUACUGAAAGGUACAAACAACCCUGCCUGUGGUUCACCGUUGAAUCCCAAUAUUUAAUUUUUUUUUCUUUCGAAAUUGUGCAAUGAGCAUUUUGGGACAUCCGAAAGAUGGACCCAAAUGGAUAUCCAUUGUCAUUUUUGCCCAAGUCUCCUUUUGUUGUUGUUUUUUUUUUCUUUGAGACUGGUUCUGCCCAUUUGACAUUUUCUAUUAACUAUCAACUGUCACUCCAAGCUGAUUGAUUUAACCUGUUUGGUCCCACUUGUUAGAACUGUAAAUUGGGUAAAAGGAAUGACGCGCUCUCUCCUGCUGCCUGGUUCCAUAAUUGCAUGUUUCUUUUUUUGUUUUGUUUUCGAGUCAUGAGCUGAACGCAACUUUUGUACUCUGGCCUCAGUUGAAGUCAACUGUUGCUCGACAACUUUCAAUGAAUUGCCUUUGACCACUAAUGGCGGUCCUCAACUUUCGGAGAGGACAAGCUUCUGCUACCAGUCCUUUUUGUAUUCAGGAUAUCAAGGUAUAAGCACUCAAACGGCUGCUUUUUGUGUACUGAAUUAAUUCAGAAUUUGAUUGUAUGACUUUAACACAACGCUGUAGCCUCUACGCUGCCAUGUGGAUUCUAGCUUCUUGUGCUGACCGAUAAGGAAAACCUAAGGCUUCAAUAAAACAUGAAUCCAA